UUUAGCGCGCAUAUUGUAUAUCCUCUUGUUUUAGACGAAGACAUGACAGCCGUUGAUGUUUUUGUUGGAAAUUACACGUUGAUUGACUUUGAACUGUAUGACCUGUGGUUAAAUGGGUACUCUGUGCAUGAUGCAGCACUGUUCCUUCAGAAGAGUGGGGUUCUACAGAAGGCAGAUGUUUCCAUGGAGAUCGUGUUCAGUGAUAUUCAAGAUCAGUACAGGUUGUUCACCAGUUUUGAGAAACUUCUAAAAUCACCACCAAAGCUGAUGGACCAACAAAUUUACCAGAUGGGAACUGAUUUGCAGAAGCGUGUCAUUGAAAGGUAUUAUCGGUUUGAUUCGGUGGUCGUCAGGGAAAUACUUGGUAAGAAAUUGUCCUCCAGAAAUAGAAAAGACAUGGAUGACGUCAGUGAGAAGACUAGAAUCCCACUCCGCAGCUGCAGGAGACAGUUUGACAAUCUGAAACGAGUAUUUAAGACAGUAGAAGACAUGAUGGGAUCGCUAGUGGAAAACAUUAAGACUCACUAUCUGCUAUCUGAGGAUCUGGCCAGGCAGUAUGCAGCUAUUGUCUUCAUUGCUAACAACAGAUUUGAAACUGGAAAGAAAAGGCUCAGUCACUUAACAUUUGAGGAUUUUGUAUUCUGUGCAAAUCAGAUGAUCACCAACUGGUCAUACAGCUCAGCAGAUUGUAAGGUACAUGAAGACAUGGAUGUUGAUUUGGAUAGAAGAUUUCUGCAGGAUCUCAGAGAACUCAAAAUGAUAUCGGAAAAAGAAGUUUUGGAUGAACACAAAGGACAGGUGAUUAGUCAUCUCAAGCAGGCCUUGUCCAAGAAAUCCAGACAUAUGGUAGAGGAAUCUUUUAAGAAUUGUUCUAAGGCCAUUAUAAGCAUAGCAUGUGGACUGAAUCACAGCAAGGACGCUCGAGAUAUCUUCCUGGACUUAGUGGAGAAGGUGACAGAGCCCUGCCUAUCUCUGGGUAUGACAGCGCCUGACAUGGAAACAUUCCUCGGUGCUUACAAGGACGCCAUUAUCAAAAUGGAUGUGUUCAGACAUCAGCCACACAUGUUAGCGGUAUGGGAUAGAUACAUGCGGACUUUGAUUCUAUGUGUGCUACAAAUUUUCCACACCUGAGAGUUUUAUGGGCAGUGACGUACCUGUGUAAAGUUACUGUACUGGUCACUCCAGUUUAAACCGGAAGUCGUGACCAUUAAUAUCUGCUGGACAGCAACUCGGCAUUGUCUGAUACCAUCACAGUGCAUAGAGCUGGGGACAUUCUCAGGACUUGAUUUGUUUUUAAGUAUGAUACUUAAAAGUCAAACAAAUUUUAUGUCGCUCUUCGUUGGUCGUUUUGUGUAUUUAUCAUUAUCCCCUGUUGGUUGUUGAGCCUUUAGGGAAAUGUUUCUGAUGGAUUGGUGACGUAUGAAGACGUUAAUUUGUUUAUUGACUUAUAUAAAUCAUGACAGCCACCAGGCAAAUUCAUCCGAUCAGAACUGAUGAUUUUAGGUCAUUGGUUUUUGUUUUUGUUGUUUAAGAUAUACUGCGUGCUGAUUCUGAAGUAAUUGUAUUACUGUCUUUUAUAUCACUAUCUUUAUUGAGCGUCUGUGUGUAUAUGAUGCAACUUUAUUUAUUAAAACAGCGGGCUUGAAA